AUGGCAAGACUCAAGGCCGAAGCAGCUAAUGUAGGAGUGCAAAACCCGACUCGCGCUGAAGUCGUCACGGCUUUGAUUUGCAAAUCACUGACGGCCACAAUGACCAAGGUAUCCGGCCUCGACAAACCGGUGGUGUUUACCAACGCCGUGAACCUCCGCAGAAGAGCCGUCCCGAAUUUCCACGAUGACUCAAUGGGGAACUAUGUAUGGCUGCCAACUAUUCUAUGCCCGCUCGAAGAGAAGGAUUAUGACGGCCUGCCCAGCCUCAUUGGCUGGCUCCGAGAAGCGAAGAGCAAAAUAGACGGCGAAUUCGUGCGAGGCUUGGAAGGCGACGGCGGAUUUAAUGCGCUACAGGACGCCCUUGGGGAAAUGAGGGAGUUUCUAGCCCGCACGGAUCGACUCGUAACGUUCUCGAGCUGGUGUAACUUUGGUCACUACGAGAUCGACUUCGGGUGGGGGAGGCCGGCAUGGGUGAGCCCAGUUGGUUUCCCGGAGGAAUCGGGAAACUUGAUCGUGAACACUGUGCUUCUGUUGGACACGAGGUGCCGCAAAGGAAUCGAAGCGUGGGUUUUCAUAGACGAACAAGAGCUUGAAGUGCUGGAACAAAACGAGGAGCUGACAGAGUACGCUUCCAUAAAUCCACCUGUUUCGGAGAUCGAGGAUUGA